CCGGGCCGGUCCAUGGAGUCCUCCCUGGAGCUCUCCAGCUCGCUGGGCAGCGUGUCCUCCCUGCUCUCCCGCUGCCGCACCUGCAAGGUGCUGCUGAUCGGGGACUCCGGGGUGGGGAAGACCUGCCUCACGCACCGGCUCAGCGCGGCCGACUUCCCCCGCGGGGUGGAGGCCACCAUCGGCGUGGACUUCCGAGAGAGGCUGCUGGAGGUGGAUGGAGAGAAGAUUAAGCUGCAGCUGUGGGACACGGCCGGACAGGAGCGUUUCCGGAAGUCCAUGGUGCAACACUACUACCGCAACGUCCACGCCGUGCUCUUUGUGUACGACGUCAACUGCCCGGCCAGUUUCAGCGGGCUGACCGCCUGGGUGGAGGAGUGCCGGCAGAACUCCGUGGGUCGGGAGGUUCCCAGGUUCCUGAUUGGGAACAAAGGUGACCUCCGUGACCCCAGCCGGACCGGGCUCCAGGUGAGCCGGGAGAUGGCACUCGGCUUCGCCAAAGCCAACGGCAUGAUUUUCUUCGAGACAUCGGCCAAGAAGUCGUCGAAGAGACGCGCGAGUGUGCGGCGAGGCGGCGGGGAGGCGCAGUGCUGGCAGGACGAGGUGGAGGACAUUGUGGCUGGCGUCGGCGCCGCGCUGAAGAGACAUAAGAAACAGAUUUCCCUGGCGCACAAUGGCUCCUUCAAAGUCACCAACCGGAAACGAGCGGAGAAAGAGUCGAGGAGCUGCUGCUGAGGGAGGUUCUCCGUGGGGGGGAAGGUGCCACUUUUUAUCAACGUCAGAUUAUGCGACUCGUCAUUUUGGACCAAAGAUCAGGAAUGGCAAACUCUUUUUUUUACUUGUAUAAUCACCACUCCCAUGAAGAACUUUAAUAUUUAAACUCUUAAAAGUGUGACAUGACUUUGUUCUAAAUUUUGUGAAUAUUUGUGAUUUUAUCGUUU